AUGGCAGAGGAGUGGGAGCUGAGAGGCGUGCAGAAGCAGAUCUCAUUCGGGUCGUGCCAGGAGAGGAAGAUGUUCCCUCUGCACCAUGCCCCGGGCAGGCUGGGCAUCCAGCACCCUCCCAGCAGGGGACACCCUGUGCUCGGGCCAGGCUCUUACCUCACUCAAGAAAGAAGCAGCCUCAGAUCCUCUUUGGAAAACAAACCACUGAGCAAGAAAGGCUACGUGCUAGGAGCAAGGACAGCCCAGCGUUUCCCACCAGAGCCCCAGCCUGUGAGUCCUGGCCCAGCAGUGUACCAGUCAUUCUGGAAGAAAGAAGGAAAAUGCCAGCCUGCCUAUGCUCCAUUUUCUGCUAAGACACCACGAUUUCCAGAUAAGCCUUCAGAUAAAGAACUUUUCCCUGGACCUGGAACUUAUGAAGCAGACAAGCAAUUACACAAACAAAUCACUUGGCCAAUGAAGUUUGGGUCUCCAGACUGGUCUUUAGGGCCAAUGUCAGCACAGAGGAUGCCAAAAAUGGAGGUCCAGAAGCUGACCAUGGACAGAGAAUUGAGGAGACACCGGGACCGACUGGCCUACCUGAGUCUGUACUACAGCUGA